CACCGCCUCAGAGUCCCGCAUCAGCCGCUCCACCACCUCCACCACCGUGAACUCAGCGUCUGUCAAACACGACACAAACAGCGACGUCUUAUCAGAAUAGAUUGGUCCCGCUCAUCAUCAGAUAUGGAAGUGGCAUCCUCCUCCUCCUCCAGUCAAUGCAGAUACAGUUAUGACGAGUAUAAGGAGACAGCAGACUGGCUGCUUUCAAACACAGAGCAGCGUCCUGAAGUAGCCAUCAUCUGCGGUUCAGGCCUGGGCGGUCUGGCUGACAUGCUGGAUAACAAGACUGUGUUCCAGUAUGAGGAUAUUCCACAUUUUCCCAGCAGCACUGUGCAUGGCCAUGCCGGUAAGCUGGUGUUCGGGAAGCUGCAGGGCCGUGAAUGUGUCUGCAUGCAGGGGAGAUUCCACUUCUACGAGGGCUACAGCAUACACACGGUGACGUACCCGGUGCGAGUCUUCCACCUGCUGGGCGUGAAAACUCUGAUUGUGACAAAUGCAGCGGGGGGACUCAAUGGCAGCUACGAUGUGGGAGACAUCAUGCUCGUUAAGGAUCACAUCAACAUGCCAGGCUUUGCAGGGCAGAACCCGCUUUGUGGGCACAAUGAUGAAAGGUUUGGAACGCGUUUUCCUUGCAUGUCGGAUGCAUAUGACCGUACGCUGAGGGAUCUGGCCAAGCAAACAGCAGAGGAGCAGGGCUGCAAAAGUUUCCUGCAGGAAGGGGUUUACUGCAUGCUGUCUGGACCGACAUACGAGACCAUUGCAGAGAGCAGAGCCCUGCAGAUGCUGGGGGCUGAUGCUGUGGGUAUGAGCACAGUGCCAGAGGUGGUGGUGGCUCGUCACUGUGGCUUGCGUGUCUUGGGUCUGUCCCUCAUCACCAACAAGGUUGUGACAGAUUAUGACAGCACUGAGAAGGCAAACCACGAGGAGGUGCUGAAGGCCACCAAGCGCAGAGCCGAGGACCUCCAGAGGCUCGUCAGCCACCUCAUCGCCAAGAUCUAGUACCUUCACCUGAAAUCUGCUGACAAAAAAAACAUUUCCAGCCUCACAAUUAAGUCAUUGGUGACUAGCUUUGGACAAAAGGUAAAAAAAAUUGGUGUAGAUGGUGAACUGGUCAAGUAUGUGUGAAUAAAUGAUUACUUAUUUGGG